GUCGGAAGGAAGGGCUUGCAGCUUACAGCAACAGAGUUUAGACUGUCUUUGCUUCAUCAUCUGAAGGUAAAAUUUUCCAGAUACGGCAGGCGGCUUUCAGAGUACAAUAAACAGGGAAUGAGAACUAUUUACAUGGAAGUUUCUUCCUCAUGAUGCGGUGGAGAAGCCUCGGCCACUUGGUUCUGCCAGAUGUUCCUGGGGUUACUGUAAAUGGGAAGGACAGGCAGAGCUAAACAAGGUUUAUCAUUUAGAAGUGCCUGUGUGAAGUCACUUUUGCUGGAAACUGCAGCCUGGGAGCUUUCUUUGUAUUCACAUCUCGCUCUUCUGUCAAGUACACUUUACCCUGACCUUAUGAGUGGAUGAAGAUACCUCAGUUGUCUGACUUUGCCAAUUGCUUAAUUUCAGAAUUCAAAAAGGGGGAAGAAAAACAUCCUGCUAAAAUAUGAACAUCUGAGUGUCUUAUUUUCUAACAUCGUCAAUAGCUGUGAGCGUCAGCAUUAAAUAUUCUCCCAAGGAGUGCCAUGAAAUUGAAGUCACUUUAUUAAAAACAGGUGUAUCUGCAAAACAGCCAAGAGACUCAGACGUUGAAAGCCAGAGAUGACACUGAGCGUGCUUUUAUUGUGGCCCGCCAUCUUCAAGUGGGACAUGUUGAUUGAUGAGUGAUUGCCUGUCCAUAAACUCUCUCAUCAUCCUGUUCCCUGGAUUGGACUUCACUAAGCAAUUUAUCACUCACCUUCAGACUUACAUGUGGGAGUUUUCACAACAGUAGUUUUGGAAUCAUUAGAACUUGGAUUGAUUUCAUCAUUUAACAGAAACAAACAGCCCAAAUUACUUUAUCACCAUGGCUUUGAACGUUGCCCCAGUCAGAGAUACAAAAUGGCUGACAUUAGAAGUCUGCAGACAGUUUCAAAGAGGAACAUGCUCACGCUCCGAUGAAGAAUGCAAAUUUGCUCAUCCCCCCAAAAGUUGUCAGGUUGAAAAUGGAAGAGUAAUUGCCUGCUUUGAUUCCCUAAAGGGCCGUUGUUCGAGAGAGAACUGCAAGUAUCUUCACCCUCCAACACACUUAAAAACUCAACUAGAAAUUAAUGGAAGGAACAAUUUGAUUCAGCAAAAAACUGCAGCAGCAAUGCUUGCCCAGCAGAUGCAAUUUAUGUUUCCAGGAACACCACUUCAUCCAGUGCCCACUUUUCCUGUAGGUCCCGCGAUAGGGACAAAUACGGCUAUUAGCUUUGCUCCUUACCUAGCACCUGUAACCCCUGGAGUUGGGUUAGUCCCAACGGAAAUUCUGCCCACCACACCUGUUAUUGUUCCCGGAAGUCCACCGGUCACUGUCCCGGGCUCAACUGCAACUCAGAAACUUCUCAGGACUGACAAACUGGAGGUAUGCAGGGAGUUCCAGCGAGGAAACUGUGCCCGGGGAGAGACCGACUGCCGCUUUGCACACCCCGCAGACAGCACCAUGAUCGACACAAGUGACAACACCGUAACCGUUUGUAUGGAUUACAUAAAGGGGCGUUGCAUGAGGGAGAAAUGCAAAUAUUUUCACCCUCCUGCACACUUGCAGGCCAAAAUCAAAGCUGCGCAGCACCAAGCCAACCAAGCUGCGGUGGCCGCCCAGGCAGCCGCGGCCGCGGCCACAGUCAUGGCCUUUCCCCCUGGUGCUCUUCAUCCUUUACCAAAGAGACAAGCACUUGAAAAAAGCAAUGGUACCAGUGCGGUCUUUAACCCCAGCGUCUUGCACUACCAGCAGGCUCUCACCAGCGCACAGUUGCAGCAACACGCCGCGUUCAUUCCAACAGGGUCAGUUUUGUGCAUGACACCCGCUACCAGUAUUGUACCCAUGAUGCACAGCGCUACGUCCGCCACUGUCUCUGCAGCAACAACUCCUGCAACAAGUGUCCCCUUCGCAGCAACAGCCACAGCCAAUCAGAUAAUUCUGAAAUAAUCAGCAGAAACGGAAUGGAAUGCCAAGAAUCUGCAUUGAGAAUAACUAAACAUUGUUACUGUACAUACUAUCCUGUUUCCUCCUCAAUAGAAUUGCCACAAACUGCAUGCUAAAUAAAGAUGUAGUUCUUCUGGACAGACCACAACUCUAAGAAGCUAGUGCUGCUAUCUCAUAUAUGAGUAUUAAAUAUGGUAUGCUUAGUAUAUUCCAACCUAAGAUAGUUAACUACCUGAGACCAGCUGUGAUGUUUAAAGACAUAAAGGAUAAAGUUUACUUUUAAAGGGUUUCUAAACAUAGUUUCUGUCCUAGGAAUAUUGUCUUAUCUCCAUAACUAUAGCUGAUGCAGAAAGUCCAGCCACUUUACUCAUUUCGAUUCAGAAUAUUUCAAAUUUAGCAAUAAACAAUUAGCAUUAGUUAAAAAAGAAACAUAUUCCAAGGGCAGGUUCGAUUGUAGCUGUAAUUACUGUCAUGCCAUUUACCCACUGGAUCAAAGGGUAUGUUUCACUUCUUGACAAUAUAAAUGCUGCAGCAAAGACGAGAGGUGAAGUAAAACCAAUACCUGUCCUGCAGGUCUAAAAUUUGAAUGGAAAUUCAAGCACAAGUACUGGGGACACAUCAAAGUGUGGUGUUUGGUUUGCCUGGAGAUGCCGCAUUGAAUCAUGUGAUUCUAGAUUAACAUUAAAUAGAUUGAAAAAGAAACUUUGCACGGUAUGAGCUUCAUACCCCACCAAACAAAGUCUUGAAGGUAUUAUUUUACAAGUAUAUUUUUAAAGUUGUUUUAUAAGAGAGACUUUGUAGAAGUGCCUAGAUUUUGCCAGACUUCAUCCAGCUUGACAAGAAUGAGAGGCCCAUGCCAACAGUCUAAUCUAAGAGAUUAGUCUUUCAAACUCACCAUCCGGUUGCCUGUUACAGAAUAACUCUUCUUAACUAAAAACCUAGUCAAACAAGGAAGCUGUAGGUGAGGAGAUCUGUAUAAUAUUCUAAUUUAAGUAAGUUUGAGUUUAGUCACUGCAAAUUUGACUGUGACUUUAAUCUAAAUUACUAUGUAAACAAAAAGUAGAUAGUUUCACUUUUUAAAAAAAAUCCAUUACUGUUUUGCAUUUCAAAAGUUGGAUUAAAGGGUUGUAACUGACUACAGCAUGGAAAAAAUAGUUCUUUUGAUUCUUUCACCUUAAAGCAUAUUUUAUGUCUCAAAAGUAUAAAAAACUUUAAUACAAGUACAUACAUAUUAUAUAUACACAUACAUAUAUAUACUAUAUAUGGAUGAAACAUAUUUUAAUGUUGUUUACUUUUUUAAAUACUUGGUUGAUCUUCAAGGUAAUAGCGAUACAAUUAAAUUUUGUUCAGAAAGUUUGUUUUAAAGUUUAUUUUAAGCACUAUCGUACCAAAUAUUUCAUAUUUCACAUUUUAUAUGUUGCACAUAGCCUAUACAGUACCUACAUAGUUUUUAAAUUAUUGUUUAAAAAAACAAAACAGCUGUUAUAAAUGAAUAUUAUGUGUAAUUGUUUCAAACAUCCAUUUUCUUUGUGAACAUAUUAGUGAUUGAAGUAUUUUGACUUUUGAGAUUGAAUGUAAAAUAUUUUAAAUUUGGGAUCAUCACCUGUUCUGAAAACUAGAUGCACCAACCAUAUCAUUAUUUGUUUGAGGAAAAAAAAGAAAUCUGCAUUUUAAUUCAUGUUGGUCAAAGUCGAAUUACUAUCUAUUUAUCUUGUAUCGUAGAUCUGAUAACCCUAUCUAAAAGAAAGUCACAUGCUAAGUGUAAUCUUACAUAGUGCUUGUAUCGUUGCAUUUGUUUUAAUUUGUGGAAAAGUAUUGUAUCUAACUUGUAUUACUUUGGUAGUUUCAUCUUUAUGUAUUAUUGAUAUUUGUAAUUUUCUCAACUAUAACAAUGUAGUUACGCUACAACUUGCCUAAAACGUUCAAACUUGUUUUCUUUUUUCUGUUUUCUUUCUUUGUUAAUUCAUUUAAACUCAAUGAAAACAUAGUAUACAUUACUAAAAGGUAAAUUAUGGGAAUCACUGAAAUAUUUUUGUAGAUUAAUUGUAACAUUGUCUUUCUUUUUUUCUUUUGUUUCAUGAUUUUGAUUUUUAAAAUUAGCACACAACUAUUUUCAGCCCUUUAAUAAUGGAGCAUCAAAAACAUCACCUGUAUCCCCAAGCAAAUAUAGAAGACUGUAUUUUUUACUAUGAUAUCCAUUUUCCAGAAUUGUGAUUACAAUAUGCAAAGAGUCAUAAAUAUGCCAUUUACAAUAAGGAGGAGGCAAGGCAAAUGCAUAGAUGUACAAAUAUAUGUACAACAGAUUUUGCUUUUUAUUUAUUUAUAAUGUAAUUUUAUAGAAUAAUUCUGGGAUUUGAGAGGAUCUAAAACUAUUUUUCUGUAUAAAUAUUAUUUGCCAAAAGUUUGUUUAUAUUCAGAAGUCUGACUAUGAUGAAUAAAUCUUAAAUGCUUUGUUUAAUUAAAAAACAAAAAUCACCAAUAUCCAAGACAUGAAGAUAUCAAUUCAACAAAUACUGUAGUUAAGAGACUAACUCUCCACUUGUAUGGGAACUACAUUUCACUCUUGGUUUUCAGGAUAUAACAGCACUUCACCGAAAUAUUCUUUCAGCCAUACCACUGGUAACAUUUCUACUAAAUCUUUCUGUAACACUUAAAGAAUUCCUUCAUUCAUUACCUUACAGUGUAAACAGAAGUCUAAUUUGUAUCAAUACUAUGUUUUGGUUGUAAUAUUCAGUUCACUCACCCAAUGUACAACCAAUGAAAUAAAAGAAGCAUUUAAAAGGA